CUGCUUCAGCCUCGACAGCCUCACUCGUGUUUCCUGGCUUCAACUCUCAUGGUCAGAGGAGGUGAAAACUACCUGGCUUUUUCUCACCACGCCGGACUGGAGCCGGGAUAUAUCUUUAUAUCUUCUGCGGUGUGAAAUAGAAUCCACCUGAGGCCAGAGCGCAGUUCAUUUGUUUAUUAUUUAGUCUGAAUUUACUUGUGUGAGUUUGUGUAAGAGGCAGAGAGAGAAGGGAGUCGGUCUGAGUUAGUCUGUAUGAGUGUUUGAGAAGGAAAAAAGGAGCAGAAUGAUCGCAGCUCAGCUAUUGGCCUAUUACUUCACAGAGCUGAAGGAUGACCAAGUUAAAAAGAUUGAUAAGUACCUGUACGCCAUGCGCUUCUCUGAUGAGACGCUGCUGGACAUCACCAAGCGCUUUAGAAGGGAGCUGGCCAAAGGGCUGGGCAGUGACACCAACGCCACCGCCUCUCUGAAGAUGCUGCCAACGUUUGUGCACUCAAUCCCUGAUGGAACAGAGAAAGGAGAUUUCAUUGCUUUGGAUCUGGGAGGCAGUAACUUCAGGAUCCUCCGAGUCAAAGUGAGCCAUGAGAAGAAACAGACCGUUCAGAUGGAGAGUGAAAUCUACGACACGCCAGAGGACAUCAUUCACGGCAGCGGAACAAGACUGUUUGACCAUGUGGCAGAGUGUCUCGGCGACUUCAUGGAGAAACACGACAUCAAAGACAAGAGACUCCCAGUCGGUUUUACCUUCUCCUUCCCCUGCCAGCAAACCAAACUGGAUGAGGGCUAUCUGAUAACGUGGACAAAACGUUUCAAAGCCAGCGGGGUAGAAGGGAUGGAUGUUGUCCAGCUGCUCAACAAAGCCAUUAAAAAACGAGGAGACUAUGAGGCCGACAUCAUGGCAGUGGUGAAUGAUACUGUGGGAACGAUGAUGACCUGUGGCUUCGAUGACCAGCGCUGUGAAGUUGGCAUCAUCAUAGGUACAGGCACCAAUGCCUGCUACAUGGAGGAGCUGCGUCACAUCGACCUGCUGGAGGGAGACGAGGGACGGAUGUGCGUGAACACCGAGUGGGGGGCGUUCGGAGAUGAUGGCAGGCUAGAGGACCUCAGGACUGAGUUUGACAGAGAGAUAGACCGAGGUUCGCUCAACCCAGGCUCACAGCUUUUUGAGAAGAUGGUCAGCGGGAUGUACAUGGGGGAGCUGGUUCGUCUCAUCCUAGUGAAGAUGGCCCGAGAGGGGCUGCUGUUUGAGGGGAGAAUCACCCCUGAGCUUCUAACUAGAGGAACCUUUGAGACCAAACACGUCUCAGCAAUAGAGAAGAGUAAGGAAGGUUUAACCAAGGCAAGAGAUAUUUUAAGUCGACUUGGUGUGGAACCCUCGGCUGACGACUGCAUCGCUGUGCAACAUGUUUGUGCCAUCGUCUCUCAUCGCUCUGCUAACCUGGUAGCUGCUGCGCUGGCCGGCAUCUUGAUGAGGCUGAAGGAGAACAAAGGAGUGACGCGACUCAGAACCACCGUGGGCAUCGAUGGGUCUCUGUACAAGAUGCACCCACAAUAUGCUCGUCGUCUCCAUAAGACCGUACGACGUUUGGUUCCUGACUGCGAUGUCCGGUUUCUCCUGUCAGAGAGUGGUAGCGGGAAAGGUGCUGCCAUGGUGACAGCCGUGGCCUACAGACUCGCCGAACAAUCCCGACAGAUCGCCAAGACGCUGUCUGAGUUCCGCCUGACGACGGAGCAGCUGCUUGAGGUGAAGAACAGAAUGAGGAUCGAGAUCCAAAACGGCCUUUCAAAGAGCAUCCACGACACAGCCACUGUCAAAAUGCUGCCGACGUUUGUCUGCCGCACACCUGACGGCUCAGAGAAUGGGGAUUUCCUGGCUUUGGACUUGGGAGGAACCAACUUUCGAGUUCUGAUGGUCAAGAUUCGCUCUGGCAAGAGGAGAUCGGUGGAGAUGCACAACAAGAUUUAUGCUAUUCCUCUAGAAGUGAUGCAGGGCACGGGAGAGGAGCUCUUUGAUCACAUAGUGCACUGCAUCAGUGACUUCCUGGACUACAUGGGGAUGAAGAACGCACGUCUUCCUCUAGGCUUCACCUUCUCGUUUCCGUGCCAACAGACAAGUCUGGAUGCUGGCUUCUUGGUGACUUGGACCAAGGGCUUCAAGGCGACAGACUGUGAGGGAGAAGAUGUUGUCGGACUGUUGAGGGACGCCAUUAAGAGAAGAGAGGAGUUUGACCUGGAUGUGGUGGCUAUCGUCAACGACACAGUGGGAACCAUGAUGACCUGUGCCUAUGAAGAGCCCACUUGUGAGGUUGGACUCAUUGCUGGAACUGGCAGUAACGCCUGCUACAUGGAGGAGGUGAAGAACAUUGAGAUGGUCGACGGUGAUGAGGGACGCAUGUGUGUCAACAUGGAGUGGGGGGCUUUUGGAGACAACGGAUGCCUUGACGACUUCAGGACGGAGUAUGAUCGCACUGUGGACGACCUCUCUCUUAACCCAGGGAAACAAAGGUACGAGAAGAUGUGCAGCGGCAUGUACCUUGGUGAGAUUGUGAGGAACAUCCUCAUAGACAUGACCAAAAAAGGAUUCCUGUUCAGAGGACAGAUUUCUGAAACCCUGAAGACCAGAGGCAUCUUUGAAACAAAGUUCCUCUCACAGAUAGAGAGUGACAGAUUGGCUUUGCUGCAGGUGAGAUCCAUCUUGCAACACUUAGGACUGGACAGCACUUGUGAUGACAGUAUCAUUGUCAAAGAGGUAUGUGGAACAGUGUCGCGGCGUGCCGCUCAGCUGUGCGGAGCAGGGAUGGCGGCUGUCGUCGAUAAGAUAAGAGAGAACCGUGGACUGGACCACCUGAACAUCACUGUGGGAGUGGACGGCACGCUGUACAAAUUACAUCCACAUUUCUCCCGGAUCAUGCAUCAGACAGUCAGCGAACUGGCUCCUAAGUGCACUGUCAAAUUCCUGUUGUCUGAAGACGGCAGCGGCAAAGGAGCCGCCCUCAUCACAGCUGUUGGCUGCCGGCUCAGGGAAGAGCUCAACAGUAAAUAAGAGAGGAAAAAAUCCGACAGCUUAUCAUUUUCACCCCAUUCCUCCCAUCCUCCUCCCCUCCCUAACAUGUCAUCUUGUUUUCUUGGACAUUAAAGUCAACACCUCACACUUCAGCUACUACUUUAUCCCCGUGUCUACCACAUACAAAACAAAAGAAGGCCCCCUCUGCUGUGUUUAGUAGCAGAGGUUAUCUGUUGUAUUAAAACUAUAUCUAACAUCACCCAGCCUCUUUAGAAUGCAGUUUUGUGAUUUUAAAGGAUAACAUUAUUAUAAGGAUAAAACAUCUGUUUUAAAACGUAAAUAAAUAUAAUAAACUCCCACUCCUGGUUGCUCCUCUUUCUCCAUCUGGAGGAUUCCUCUUGUUACUGCAGUCUGUCAAUCUUUCUAUCAGCUGCAAAAAAAUAAAAUGUUUAUUUUGUGACACAUCCAGGACAUAAAAACACACCGUUUAGACCAAAGUGUGUCUGUUUGCUGCCUGAUCUAGUCCUAUUAUUUUUACAGGAUGACUUGAACAGACUGGAUGGAGUAGAAAUAAGUGUGGAGAAGGAAGGGAAUGUUUGUGCUUAAGGUUUUUAAUGUCUCUACCAUAUAUGAUGCCUUGUAUUCUGCAUUGUUGUUAUUUAUUUUUUUAUGUUUAAAAAUAUUGCUGUUGCAAAAAUGAUGCACACACAUCGGGCCACUGGCUGAUUUUCCCUGACUUUAUUUUUCCAGAGGAGACCUCAAAUCUUAAUUUAAUGUUUCUGCAGAGUGUUUACAUCUGCUCUGCUGUCUGACUGCAAUGUGUACAGUUAUGUGUAACCCACUGUAAACUGCAUUAUGCUGUUGGUACUAAUAGCAGCUGCUAAAAAAGCCAGCUGUUGGGUUUUAGACGUUCUGGCUGUCCUCAUCAGCAAGAAAGUGGCGCUAACAUGGUGAACAAAGAUGGCCAAGCUCUGUAUAAAUGCAGGAAUGUUAUAGGAGAUAACGUUUUGGAAAGACGUAUAAAAACCAAACCCACUCCAUAAAGUCGAUUUUUUUUUUUGCUUACUAAAAACUCAGGAACGUUUUGAGGUUGUAUGGCUCUUUGACAUCUCGCAAAUAGAUUUUUUUCUUCACCAAAAGCAGAAAGAAAUACUUAACUGUUUAAAAAUGUGCAUUUGCCAUUUUUUAAUGUAGUUUCCAGUAUAGAGGCACUUCCUUUCUGAUCAAAUGUUGAGCUUUCGGAAAUAUUUCUGUUUUCUGUGCUCAUGUGGAGGAGACUAACUGUGCGAUGUAGAUGAGUUUUACUGUUAGAUUAUUAAACCAGUUCUCAGUCAAUGUUCCUGUCCUGUUAUCAGACUGUCAGGUUUAAGAAGGGUAGCUUCUGCCAGGCAUCCAGAUCGUUUUCUUACUUUGGUCCGCCAAACACAGACUGUAUACAUUGAACAUUGUUUAUCUGUCACUUAAUAAAUUGAACCUGUGUUCAUCUGA